ACACAUUCACUCUGCGCAGACAUUCUGCUGCUGCUGUUGUUGGUGCUGGUGGAUUCCAGCGUACUCCACCCUGCUGUUGCUCGCCAUUCUUGCCUACUGCAAGACACGCGGAAACGACACAAACACUACUUUAACACAAGAAUACAUUUUAUUUCCACACUCUUAAUUGGAUUUAAAACACUUCUAACUUCGCGCGGGAGUAGACCAGCACAAGUUUUACGGUCAUGUCCUCAAAUUAUCCUCCAGGAUAUGAUGACCCAAACAAACCACUGAAUCCUCAAGGUGGAAGUUACCCUGCACCCCCACCCUAUGGCUUCCCAUCCUAUGGUGGUCCUCAGCCCAAUGCACCUUACCCCCCUGGCCCCAACGCUCACAUGUACCCAGGGCCUGGAGGGUACCCACCGGGCCCUUACCCAGGACAGCCUCAUGCUGGUGGACCACCUCCCAUGCCACCUGUGAUGCCACCCACCAUCCCUGCAGAUGUAUUAGAGUCUGGUAAUGCUGAUGGCUUUGCAGCAAGUGAUGGUGCAUGGGACACUGUGAGCCUUCGACAUGCCUUCAUCAGGAAGGUCUACAUGAUUCUGGCUGCUCAACUUACUGUCACAGCUGCCAUUGUGGCUGUUUUCACAUUUGUUGAGUCCGUCCGGGACUUUGUUCAAAAAAACCAAGCACUCUACUGGGCAUCAUAUGCCGUGUACUUCGUCACCCACCUGGUGUUGGUGUGCUGCACAGGGCCCAGGAGGAAACAUCCAUGGAACUUGAUUCUUCUGCUUGUCUUUACUUUGGCCUUGUCCUACAUGACAGGAACCAUAUCUAGUUUCUAUAGCACAAAAGCUGUGUUUCUGGCUGUAGGCAUCACCGCUGUGGUCUGCAUUGCUGUCACAGUCUUCUGUUUCCAGACCAAGGUUGACUUCACAAAGUGCCAGGGCCUGUUCUGUGUCCUUGGGAUCGUAAUGUUUGUGACUGGCAUAAUCACCGUCAUCGUGCUGUCAUUCAAAUAUAUCUACUGGCUACAUAUGGUCUAUGCCGCCAUGGGAGCCAUAGUCUUUACUAUGUUCCUGGCUUACCACACACAGUUGUUAAUUGGCAACAGGAAGUAUUCUAUUGGCCCAGAUGAGUAUAUUUUUGCUGCUCUCUCCAUCUAUGUGGAUGUAAUCCAGAUCUUCCUUUUCUUACUGCAAAUUAUUGGUUCCUCAAACAGAUAAAAGUAUUACUGGUAGAGAUACAUUGGCUGCUUCUAAACUAUUCCAUGCUUUAAGUUUAUAAUCAAGUUACAUUAAUAACUUUAUUGUACCAGUCACUAUAAAAGGUUGUAGUAUAAAAUAGAGUAACUACAGCAGAUAUGUAUCAUUAAUAGCUUAACUCUAGUUUGAGGCAGAGGAUGAUGGUAAACUAUAACUGAUCAUGUUUUAAGCCAAUGAAGUCUUAAAUUGAUGUAAUUGCUCUUUAUUACUUUACGGUUUUCAGCACUAUUUUGCUACUCUUAAUGCUAACAUAUACAACAUUUUCAUAUAAUUUUGUGCCAUAUGUAAAAUAGUCAGUCAUGUUAGUUAUUUGUCUCAGAAUUUUGUUCUACUGGGUCUUUUUGUGGCUUAAUCCAACAUUGUAUUUCCACAAACAACUUACCCAUUUUAGAUAUGAAUUUGAAUGUAAAAUUGGCAUAAGCCUUUUGCUGUAUUAAAUUCUGAUUUGUGUAGAACAUGUGUAUAUAUAUUACAUAAAGACUAAUAAAGUUGGAUUUUCUCAACAUA